CUAUUAAUCUCUUCAAAUAAGAAAACAAUCUCUCAUUUUUAUUCUUCUUUUCAAUUUCAUAAAAUCCAAAAAGACAAGAUCUUUUUCUGAGUAGAGAGAACUAUGAUUCUCAUGGGUCUAGCUCCGAAGCUGUUCAUACUGCUGUCUCUAUUCACAACGAUUCAACUAACGUCGUCUCAGCAACGAUUCAACGAUUCAACUCCUCCUCCUCCUCCUCCUCCUCCUCCUCCUCCUCCAGGGCCUCCACCAAUCUCUCCCGACGCUGUCCUCUGCAACGGCGUCUUCCUCUCGUACACUUACUCAACCGGGACCCAAAUCAAACCAAACGACACUAAGAGCCAGCCGUACCGGUUCGAAUCGGUGAUCACUGUUCUAAACAACGGCAGAGACGAGCUUAAGUCGUGGCUCGUCUUCGUCGGAUUCGCUCACAAAGAGAUUCUUGUCUCCGCCAGCAACGCUAUUCUCGAAGAUGGGUCUAGCCUUCCCGUUAGCGUAGAGAACGGUACGACGUUUGCAGGGUAUCCCGCGGCGGAUUUGAAGUCGGCGAUUAUGACGGCGGGUGACGUCACGCAGAUGGAGGCACGUGUGGAGCUCGUGGGUACUCAGUUUGGUGUUGCCCCGCCUGAUGUUCCGCUUCCGAAGAACAUCACUCUUGUUAAUGAUGGUUGGUCAUGUCCCAAAGCCACUCAACGAGAUGGAAACGUUCUGGAAGUGUGUUGCAUGCCAGACCCUAAAAACGAAACAGGCCCCAUUGGUGUAAAAAGGAGACAAAAAGGAGACUUAACCAUAAUGUACGACAUAAUCAGACCAUACGCAUCAAGCUACUGGGCGCAGGUCACCAUAGAGAACCACAACCCCCUCGGUCGUCUCGACAACUGGGAUCUAAGUUUCGAAUGGAUGAAAGACGAGUUCAUCUUCCAAACCAAAGGAGCUUAUCCAAGCGUUGUGGAUUCAUCGGCCUGCAUUGAUGGCCCGCAAGGCAAAUACUACAGUGGAGUAGACUUCUCCAACGUCCUGAGCUGUGCGAGAAGGCCACACAUCAUAGACCUCCCUCUGACCAAGUACAACGACUCCAACCUCGGGCUUAAACCAUACUGCUGCAGAAACGGAACCAUCCUGUCGCCUUCUAUGGAUCCAACCAAGUCGAAGUCUGUUUUUCAAAUGGAGGUUUACAAAAUGCCUCCUGAUCUCAACAUCUCCGCCAUCGCUCCACCUCAGGGAUGGCAGAUCAAAGGUAACUUAAACCCUGAUUACAAAUGCGGCUCUCCGGUUGGAGUCAGCUUAAGCGAGUUCCCUGAUCCGUCCGGUUUGCCUUCGAACCGGACCGCGUUCGCCAGCUGGCAAGUGGUGUGCAACAUCACUCAACCAAAACCCCCCAGCUGCUGCGUGUCUUUCUCCUCUUACCUCAACGACUCCAUCAUCCCUUGUAAUACCUGCGCUUGCAGAGACUGUUCCAGUGAGAGAGUUGAUCAAACGUGCAGCACUAAUUCCCCGGCUCUUCUCCUACCUCCUCAAGCUCUUCUCAUCCCCUUUGAGAAUCGAACCAAGUUCGCUACAUCGUGGGCGGAGUUGAAACACAGAAAAGUUCCAUCCCCGUUGCCUUGCGGAGACAGCUGUGGAGUCAGCAUAAACUGGCACUUAACUACUGACUACCGUCGCGGAUGGACUGCUAGAAUCACGAUUUUUAACUGGGGAGGAACCAACUUCGCGGACUGGUCUGCCGCGGUCGAGCUGAAGAACGCUGCGCCGGAUUUUGAGAAGGCUUACUCCUUUAAUGCAACGACCGUUGCUGUCGAUGGGAAGAACACCACUGUUUUGAUGGAAGGGCUUCCUGGUCUGAACUAUCUCGUUGCGGAGGUGGAUGCGAAGAACCCGAGUAAGGACUAUCGGGUGCCCGGUAAGCAGCAGUCGGUUAUCUCUUUUACCAAGAAACUGAAUCCUGGGAUCAAAGUUCGGGCUGGAGAUGGGUUUCCGACCAAAGUGUUCUUCAACGGUCAGGAAUGUUCGCUUCCUUCUAUACUACCUAGCAAUGGUCACAAAGGACGUGUCUCCACAUUUCUUCUCUUGGUGUUACCAGUUUUUGCUCUCUUGAGUCUUAUUUGGGUUUAAGAGUUGGUGGUUCUUUCUAACCCAUAUACUACUAGUAGUGGUGGUGCUUUGUGCAGCGUGAGAUUCUUUUUUACUUCUUUUAUGGUUAUAGGUUUUGGUAUACACACAUUUAUUGAACAGAUGAAUCUGUGGGUUGCAGUCCGGUUUACUUCCC